AUGAGCAGUAGUCACUCGCCUACGCAUCGACGCUACUUAACUGAACCAAUCCUAAGCUACGGCGUUCGCUGCGAGACUCAGUGCCCGCCGGGGCUGUUCGGCGAGCGGUGCUCGGAGCGCUGCCCGUGCGCGAACAAUUCGUCGUGCGACGCGGCGACGGGCCGCUGCCAGUGCGCGGCCGGCUGGAGCGGGCCGCGCUGCGAGCUGCCCUGCGAGCCGGGCCGCUACGGCGCCGGCUGCGCGCAGAUGUGCCCAGAGCCGCCGGACGGCAACACUACUUGCGACCCGGUGACUGGCAAGUACGCGUGCCCCAGCGGCUACACGGGCGUCACCUGCGAGUACCCCUGCCCGCUCGGCACGUACGGCGUGAACUGCGAGCAGAAGUGCAACUGCAAGAAUGGCGCCGACUGCCACCACGUCACCGGCGAGUGCCAGUGCCUGCCCGGCUGGCGGGGCGCGCAGUGCGGCGAGGCGUGCCCCAGCAGCUGGUGGGGCGCGGGCUGCUCGCAGCCGUGCCGCUGCGCGCGCGGCGCCGCCUGCCGCCCCAACGACGGCUACUGCCGCUGCCCGCCCGGCUACACGGGCGUCUACUGCACGGAGUUCUGUCCGGAGGGCUACUUCGGCGACCACUGCAUGGAGCCUUGCAACUGCCCGUCGAACGGAAAUUGGGUGUGCGACCCCGUAAAGGGCUGCGUCUGCCAUCGCGGCUACAUCGGCGAGCACUGCGACAUAAACGCCAGCGACGCCAUCCACAUCGACCAGGCUGCUGCAGGCUCAUCUAACGCGGGCCUGACGACGGUGAUGGUGAUAAUGGCACUGCUCUGCGCCGCCGCCGCCGUCCUGGUUCUGCUCUACUACAGGAAGCGGGUGCGCAAUCUCAAGCGGGAGAUAGCGCACGUCCACUACACGGCCGACCCCAACCAGCAGCCGGAACAACAACAUUUCGACAACCCUGUGUACUCGUUCCAAGGUUCGACACGUGGCGACGACAGUGCCACCCUACUGAAUAACGCCACACAAAUAUUCAACAAUUUGGGCUCCGGCAGCAAACUGAACAACGCAACCUUGGAAAAGUUGAGAAUGACUGCCACAAGUUCCAAUGACAGCUAUGAUCCCUUCUCUUCUUUGAAAAAUAAAGACGCGGAUGCAACCAACCCUAAUCUCUAUCACUGCAUCGAUGACGACAAACUGGAUCAUGUAUACGACGAGAUCAAGCACAAGGAAGGAUAUGAAAGGGAGUAUGAUCAUUUGAACUACACGCCGCCAGCGAACACGUGGAAACCGCACUACCAGAGGAUGAACAAUGGAGUAACGCCUGCUGAGACGCAAGCGCAAGGCGAUUUUCUACCGCGCAACGAUACACCCACGCCCCCAAUACCUCCCUUGCCCAAAUUGAACAUCACCCCUAUCCCACCGAAGAGGGAGGAGGAACUUCUAGAUGUUCCCGUCCCUCCUAAAAGAGAAGAAGGGGCGUCCAGCAUCAGCGAUGACGAGGAAGUUGUCACCCCC